GUGACAGAGCAGUGUAAUGUCUGGACUGUGCAGUUGGGGAAAUCCAGAAUAAUAAACCCUAAAAACCUUCUCUUUGUUCAUCUCUUUCUCUGCUCUAUACCAAAUAUCUGACAGUAAAACCCAGGGACGAUGUUCCAAAGAACUCUUUUCGGGUCCGCUCUUCGGGCCGGGAUCUAUAAACAAGCUUCUCGGGUAGAUGGAUCUGGAUUUGGUCGACAGUUUCAGGCGUUUUCCCACAUCACAAAGAACGCGGAGGCUUUUUCCGGUUUGACUAAGAAUUCCAAAUUGGAGGCACAUGUUGAGUCAUCAAUUUUGGGGAACCUGGGCAUGAAGCUGGGUUUGGUAAGAGGUUUGGAGAAUAUCUCUUUGCCAUGUGCUCUGAGUUUGAGGAGUUUCAUACACUCUGGAAAACAAGCUGAGGUUGAGGCCGGAGGCGCUUCUAGAUCUGUGGACUAUGUUCAGGGAUUACUCCAGGAAAGAGGCCCUGGUUUAAAUGGACGAACUCCAUUUUAUCAGGCUCAAGUUGAGUCCAAUGCUGAUAUUGUCCACAUAAAGCUGAUGCGUAAUAAUGCCUUCGUCACAUUAACAGAUUCUAAAGGGAACAAAAAGAUUGGAGUUUCUGCUGGGAAAUUGGCGGGGAAAGCAGGUAAGCUCACUCGAUACUCUGGUGAAGCAGCUGCAGAGGAUAUAGGACGUAGAGUGAGACAGAUGAAAACUAGAUCAGUUGUGGUGAAAGUCAAUGGAUUUACCUUUUUCAGGAGAAAGAAGGAAGCAAUUCUGAGCUUUAAAGACGGCUACUCUAAUAUGCGGGGAGAUACUAAUCCUGUUGUAUACAUUGAGGACACAACUCGGAAACCACAUAAUGGUUGCCGUCUCCCAAAGAAACGCCGUAUAUGAAUUCUUGGAAUCUGGCAGAUUUCAAUGUGCAUUCCAUGGAAAUGGGGAUUGAGGCAGGUUGUCCGAGUUUAGAUUGAAGAAUGUACUUGUUUAUUAGAUUAGAAUAAUUUCGAGGAAAAAUGGUCAAUUGUUGUUACUGCGUGUCUAUCAAUUGGUUAGAAUUAUAGUUACUUCCAUAGACAGAGGAAAAAAAAGGUUUAUUCUUGUUUUCUCCGUGCAUCUGGCUGUUAAUCCUUGAUCCUCCAAGUAAGUCGCACAGACAUGUCAUCUUUACAUCAAUUAAAACCAUGAAACUGAUUUCAUUAAUUCCGAAAAGAACAGGAAAGGGUUUAUCUUC